AUGUGGGCGCUGCGGGCGCUGUGCCUGGCCGGGCUGGGCGCGGCGCUCGGCGGUGCCUCGGCGGAUCAGUGCAGCUGGAGGGGCAGCGGGCUGUCGCAGGAGGCUGGCAGCGUGGAGCAGCUCUCCCUGCACUGCGCCGAGGGCUCGCUGGAAUGGCUGUACCCCACGGGGGCCCUUCGUCUCCGCCUGGCUCCCCGUCUGCCCCCCGCCACCGCCGCCGUCAAGGGCAGGAGCCCCCAGCACGUCACCGCCUGCGUCAAACCUGCCGGCACCUUUCGGGGGGCUCAGCUCUACCUGGAGAGGGAGGGGAUGCUGGAGCUGCUGCUGCCGGAGGCCCCCCGGCCCCGCGUCCGCUGCUUCAGCUGGCUGCCCCGGGAGAAGGUGGCUCUGUUCCUGCAGGCCACCCCGCACCGCGACAUCAGCCGCCGCAUCGCCGCCUUCCGCUACGAGCCGGGGGACUGGCUGGCCCGCCCGGCGCUGCCCGCCGCCAGCCUCACCGGAGAAGGGGCGUGCCGGCCGUGCAACGACACCGAGAUCCUGAUGGCCAUUUGCACUAGUGACUUUGUGAUCCGCGGCAGCAUCCGGAGCGUCUCCAACGACGCGGAGCUGCAGGAAUCCGUCAUCGGGGUGAGCGCCGCCCGCAUCCACCGCCAAAAGUUCCCCCUCUUCCAGGCGGGGGGGUGGCCGGGGCGGCCGGCGGGCAGCAUCCGCACCCCGCUGCGCUGCGGCGUCAAGCCGGGCCCCGGCACCUUCCUCUUCACGGGGUGGCUGCAUUUCGGCGAAGCCUGGCUGAGCUGCGCGCCCCGCUAUAGGGACUUCCAGCGCAUCUACGAGGGGGCGCGGCGCACGCGCCAGAACCCCUGCGAGUUCCCCGUGGACUGA